AUGAGGAUAAGGAUAAGGAAACCGAAGGCUGACUCUCGAGGGGCGGCGCCAGAGUCUCCACGUGGCCUGUUGUUUACAUCGCCCAGAAAAGCUCGGGUGACUCGGGGGAAAAGCGAGAUUGUGAAAGCGCUGAGCGCGACCGGGUGGCGCGCGGAGUCCUCGCGACGGCGACGAAGCGGACGGCGGCACGCGUGGCAUCGCUGGUCACUCGAACCUGUUUCCAUCGCCCUUUUUCCGCUCCAUCUGCGGAGGAGGACUAUUGGUGGACUGAAAAAAGACGACAUUUUUUGCAACUUGAGGAUUCCCAAUCAAUUUCAGACUGCAAAGGAGGAAGUCAGCCUGCUGAUUGUGACAGGUCGUGGAAUCUUCUGCAUUGAUGUCAAGGACUGGAGAGGUGAAGUGUCAGUGCAGAAGCAGAACUGGCAGCUGAAACUGAAACAAGAAGGCCAAAACAUCACAAAUAUCCGCCAGGUUCCCGACCCCAUACAAGCCAUCACGACCAAGGCCGACCAUCUGUGGAAUCAUGUCAAACGCAGCGGAGCGUCUGUACGGAGGUCCCUCUUCCUGCCCAGAGUGCUCUUCCUUUCCGCAAACUGCCAGCUGGACGGAGAGCUGAGGCAGAGGAGGGAGCUGGUAUCUCACGGCAGCUUGGACGCCUUCGUGUGCUCCCUCAAAGAAGGCUACGUGGCCUGGAUGUCAGAUGCUCUGACUCCUUCCUGGCUCUCUGGUCACCUCUCAUACAGACAGUUGAGGGGUGUGAGGGAGACGCUCCGGAGGACGGGCACCUGGGACUUGGUCCGGCUGUGCGGCGGCGAGCAGCUCAAGGGAGAUUACCAGGGCUGCCAGUACAUUGCGUUGGACCGCCAAGAGACGGAGGAGCUGGAGUUCUCCGGGGACCGGGCCCUGUGGAUGGGCUCGCUUUGGACGCUGCUGGGGCACUCUCCGCAGGUGACGGUUAAGAUGUACAAAAGAGGCGGCGGAGGCUGGCUGUGCCGGACCUUGAGCGGCUCAGCCACUAUUCCCAGCAGUGCCCAAGUGGUCUUCCGGAUCAGCGGUGACGGUGCCGAUGCCCGCAUCCCUGCCAGCUGUAUCCACAGCAUCUCCCUCAGCAUCUGAACUAGACCACUCUAUCUGCCUUGACAAUACCCCAAGGAGAUGGUAGUUGGACACUUCUAGCUGCACCUGGUAACUGUGUCCUAUUCGGGCACUCGCUGGCAUCCAACAGAUGUAUUAGAGCCCGGAUCUGUUGUUCCCUCGAACAGGUCUCCAAAUCACACGCCACCAAGGUUCAUUUUCUUUGUUACUAAAUAUUUUCACGUUCACACUAAUGAAGCGUUGGUCUUGCGGUAUUUUUGAUGCGAUGCUGAUGGAUGUCUUUUCCUCAUCGUCAGCCUCGGCCCACAGGGAAUCUACACUUUGCCUCCCGUAAAACAUCUUCCUCUACAGUCGUACAUAUCACAGGUCCUUUUGCGAUCGGCAUUUACGAUUACGAUGAGCAAUAAAUCCAGGCUGACGUUUAUAGCGUCAGCCUGCAACACUAAAUACUUUGUUAUUUAACGAAUUUAUAGAUGAACGUGUAUAAAAAUAGGCAAAAUCCCCAAAGGACCGUACAACUCACUGACUGCUCACAGCUCACCUAGCAAUGGGCUCCAAUCCUCACUGCCAGUAGUAUGUUAAUUAAAAAUGUUCUCUAUAAUUAGCAUGAUUAAAUUCCCCUUGUUUGGCACAGCAGUUCCAGUACCUGCCAGCACUUUAAAGCAGUCAUUAAUUACCGAUUAAAUCAGCCGACUUGUUUGCUCUGGUACAGCUUGAUAUUGCGGUAUUUAAUGUUCUUAUUGGAGUGAUUAAAAUAAUUUAUGGCCUUUAACAUUGGUGUACAUGUUUGAAAAAGUAGAAUUGGGUGCUGGUUAAAUGGUUUUGGGAUUUGUUUGCCAUUUUCGGGACUUGAUAAACGUGUUCCGCAGCAGCGUUUGGGAGACGCUAACUUAUUUACGAGUUUGCGUGCGUUUGUGGAGUGGCAUGCAUUUAUGGUAUUCGUGUUAUAUUCUCCGUCUGCACCGCGCGGCAGCCACCGAAGCGGCUGCAUUAGCGGCUCGCUGCUCCAUUUGCGAGGCCUGAGAUGGACUCAAAUGAAGUUAUUCCCAUCUGAACAUCAGUGCCUUAAGCUAGGUAGGAGGAGAAAAAAAAGGCCUUUUUUUUAAAAUCCCCUGAUCUGAUCUCCUUGAACAGAAUCUCUACCUGAAACCAAAUUACAUUGCGCUCAAGCUCUUUCUUAUGAAUGUCUGUUUACAAAUUUGCCUCAGAAAUGACUGUCGGUGGAGAGGUUUGAUGGCAGCAUUAGCGGGGACGGUCUACUCCAGAAGCUCUCUGCAAAGUUCUUGGUGAAAACAGCCCAGGGCCUUGGGGCACCUCAACCUUUUGAGCUUCUUCCAUGUUUUUUUUUUUUUUUUUGUUCAUUUUCCAAACACUUA